GUUGCCACUUUGACACAGCUGAUGCUACAGGCUCUCCGGUCUUGUGCCAGAAUAAACAACAAUAAGAAGCCGAAUCGCAGCUCGGCCUUCCAGUUUGAACAUGGAGGAGAAAGAGGACACCGUCGCGGUCAAACGUACCAGUUCCGAGCAGAGGAAGCUGCGUUCUCGUGAUGCUGCCAGAUGUAGGCGGAGUCAAGAGACGGAGGUGUUUUAUGAGCUCGCCCACACUCUGCCGCUUCCUCGCCGAGUCACAACCCACCUGGACAAAUCCGCCAUCAUGAGAAUCGCCCUCAGCUUUCUGCGGGUGCGCCGUCUCCUUCAACCCGGACGAGAAGGAGAGGAGGAGGAGGAGGAGGAGGAGGAGGAUCCAAUGGACGUUUUCUACCCUCAGGCACUGGCUGGUUUCAUCAUGGUGAUGACUGAGGAGGGAGACAUGAUCUACCUGACGGAAAACGUCAGCAGCCACAUCGGCAUCACUCAGCUGGAGCUGCUGGGUCAGAGUAUUUACGACUUUGUUCAUCCCUGUGAUCAGGAGGAGCUCCGAGACCUGCUGACUCCACGUCCAGGUUUGAGCAAGAAACUGUUGACAGAACAGCCGAGUGAGAGGAACUUCUUCCUGAGAAUGAAGAGCACUCUGACCAGCAGGGGGCGCACUGUCAACAUCAAGUCUGCCUCCUGGAAGGUUCUCCACUGCACAGGUCACAUGCGCCCAUUUGCCGGCAGCUCCACGUCGCCCCCUGCAGCCAGAGUGAUGACCUUGCUGUGUGAGCCCAUCCCUCACCCGUCCAGCGUGGAGUUCCCUCUGGACACCUGCACCUUUCUCACCCGCCACAGCAUGGACCUGUGCUUCACACACUGCGAGGGCAGGGUGACAGAGUUGGUGGGAUACAAACCCGACGAUCUGAUUGGCCGCUCAGCCUUUGAGUUUCAUCAUGCACUCGACUCUAAUCAGAUGAACAAAUGGCUGCACAUAUUGCUGAGCAAAGGUCAGGUCAGCACCAGCCACUACCGUUUCCUGGUGAACAGCGGCGGCUUCGUCUGGGCGGAGACCCAGGCGACUAUCAUCUACAACAGCAAGACGUCGCAGCCAGAGGCCAUCGUCUGCCUCAACUUCAUACUCAGCGCCGUGGAGCAGCCGGACGUUGUUUUCUCCAUUGAGCAGAUCCGUUGUGGCAAGACUGAACCCCACUCAACAGCGCUUGCAUCGGAGGAUUGUGGGACUUCUGACAUCUGUGACUCUGACCCUGACAGUGAGUGUCUAACCAGCUCCAGUCAGGCUGAUGACGAAUGUUCGAAUUCCAGCAGCGCAGAAGAGCUCUUCUUCAAACUGAAGGAGCAGCCGGAGGAGCUCCUCCAGUUGGCUCCGGAGGCCGGAGACGCCAUUGUGCCGCUGACAGGAGAUUUUGUUGAGCUGACGUUUGCCAGUCCGUCCAGUCCAGACUCUGUGCCGGACCACCCUCAGGAUCUGUGCUCUCCACAGCUGCGACAGCUCCUCUCACCCAUCUUCAACCCCAUCACUCCACCGCCAUCAUCAUCACCACCCUCCUCACCUGAUCUUGACCAGAGCUCCUGUGAGGAUGUUGUGAUGGACACCAGCGACGUGGAGAAGUUCUUUGCCAUUUGGCCAAAUGAGGAUCAGAAAAAAGGAGAAACACUGGAGGACAUGGAUGGGAUGGAUCUGGACAUGUUGGCUCCAUACAUCUCUAUGGAUGACGAUUUCCAGCUAACCGUCCUCAGCAAUUUGCCAGAGGAAGCCGACAAACCUCAGUCCUUUUUGUCUGAAGCCUCAACUGUGACACCGGCAGUCACAGUGAGCAGGAAACGGACUCAUAACCCGGACGAGGAGAUGCUGUCCCAGCUGAGGAUUCAGGACAAGAGACAGAAACAAGAUGCUUCCCCAAUAGAAGAGGAACUUCUUCUCACCCACAGAUUACUGGGCUGUCUUGAGGAAACUGACCAAUCAGAUUUGGUCCUGGACCCUAGACCAGGUGGGCGGAGCCGGCUGCUUACAGACAGAGACCCUCUUUUAGGAGGCAUGCAGGGACUCUGUGAUACAGCAGCUCUGAUGAGAGACAUAUUCAUACCUCGCCCACCUGACAUGUCGCCGCCCCUCUCGCCUUUGACUUGAAGCAGCUGCUUCCAACCGAGAGUUGGCUUGACUUCUGCGCCCAAAGCCAGAAAGUCGACCCUGGAUUUGUCUGCAAACAUAACAAUCUGAGCGCACACAUACAUCACACAACAAACAUGUACGCACACGAAUAUAAACUCACUCUGCGUAACCAUGAUGUGAGGUCCAACGUGACCUUGUUGCUUGUAGCUAAAGCAGGACAGUCACUUACGUUGGGUUGUUGGGUGAAGUGUUGUUGGGCAGGUGCCGACGGCGCUGCAGUUCGCUUUCCUCAACCCAAUGCUGCAAAGUUGUUCGUUUUCUUUCCAAAUUUACACUUCAGCUCUGAUUUAAUGUGAGAAACCGUCAUGGUGGCCUGUCUGUUUCAUGGAAACAGCUGGUGGUGCUAUAAAGAAAUCAGCAGAAGAUGAUUAAAUGGGUUAAACCUUGAAACAAAUGUAUUUCUCCGAGCAGCUAAAUUAAAUUCAUCCCAGCUUUUAAGUUUAUCACAUGGAAUCUGUUUCAGUGCUUCUAUCAUCAUUUACACAUGUAAAACCUGCGCAGGAACUCCCACGAUGCCCUGCUUUGACUUUGAGCCAACAUCAACCACAUGUAAACAGUUUUAUGCCGUUAUUCUUUUCUUCCGUGUUUAAAAACAAACGAAAUCUAUCUCACUGCCAUUAUGCGUGUUCUUCCAAAUUACAAAUGAACUUGCGAGUAUCAGUGGCAUCAUUUAUUUCAGUGGCAAAUUUGUCUUUUUAUACACUUGUGCUAAACCUUUUUAAUAGUUAGUUUACUAGAAUGAUGAAUGUACCUAAACACUAGAAUUCAUUUUUUUUGUUUUUUUCCAUUUUAAUUGUAUAACUUGUUACUAAUUGUGCCGAAACAUGUGAGCUGAAGCUAGACUUACGUUUUAUUUCAGUUGCAGUGUUUGAUGAUAUAUUUGUGAUGCACACCAUCUGAGGUGUGUGAAGGAUUAGUUUUAUUUGGCUGUACGCAAAUAAACCCUAAAUAAAUUUAAAAUGGUGUUAUGUUUAUUUUAACCAUGUUCACUCUUCCAAAGUUCUCUGUGCCUUUUUAUUGUCUGAGAUAAGGCGUUUCAGAUACUGUUAUGCUUGUUCUUUUAUUUUACACUGUAUCCUGUAUGUAUUCUGAAGCUAAAUAAAGCUGUUGAAGCAGAA